UUGGAACUGAAUCUGACCAUCGUCACCAGCAGAAUGCUAUCCUGGUUCCUGGCCCUAGCUCUGUCCAUGUUGUAUUUGAACCACAGCUGCAAUGCGAAGUGCCUUCCGUCGAUAUCACCUGAAAAAAAUGGUUUGGUUGCCAAUUCAUGGAGAUUGCUCCAGAAUAGUGAAUACGAAAAAGAUAACCUUUUUUGUCUCUCAAAAGGUUGUGUGAAAGCUGCUGCUUCCUUAAUCAACAACAUGGAUCGAUCAGUAGAUCCUUGUGAUGAUUUCUAUCAGUUUGCCUGUGGUAGUUUUAUAAAAAACACUAUUCUCGACGAUGACAAAGAGUCACGAAACGAAUUUAAAGUGGUCGACGAUGCAAUUUCAAAUUGGAAGCAAAUUAUCGUCGCCGAACCCAUUCAACCUGAUGAACUGAGACCGUUCAAAAUGAUGAAAUUACUGUAUAAAUCGUGUAUAGACCAAGAACACAUAAAAAAAAUAGGCUUGGAACCGAUAAAGGAAAUACUGAAAAGCAUCGGUGGAUGGCCAGUACUGGAAGCUGAGAAAUGGAACGAAUCGAAAUUCACGUGGACGGACAGUAUGCACAAAUUAAUAGUGCCGGAAAAGAUAGGGGGCGUGGACUACUUCAUCAAAAUACGUACUAUAGUACAUCCGGAAAAUAACACGAACCCUAUUCUAUAUCUGGACAAAGCGUCCUUAGGACUGAAAUUGGAGUACCUGGUGAAGGGCAAAGACCACGAACUCACGAACAAAUACUACAGGUACAUAGUGGACAUUGCGGUACUAUUCGGCGCUGACCGGCAGAGGGCCACCAAGGAGCUAAGUGAGUCGUUGGACUUUGAGAUAGAAUUGGCCAAAAUAGAAGAGCAAUGGAACUCCUCCUAUAUUGGAUAUAAAACUGUAGAAGUAAAUAUCCUCAAUCUACAAGAUUAUUUCCCGAGUAUACCAUGGAAAGAGUUCCUCGACAAACUGUUGAACAAGUCCAUACGGCGGGACGACAUUAUAAUUGUGUCUUCGUUAAAAUUCUUGGAGGACUUGGAAACCCUACUCAAGAAAACGCCCAAAAGGGUCCAAUCGAAUUACGUGAUUCAGAGAUCUGUUAUUGACUCCUUAAGUUAUAUGACGGAAGAACUGAGAAACAGACAGUACAAGUACAAGAAAGAGCUAAACCCCAAUUUUAAAGUAUAUCCCCGAUCGAAUUAUUGCAUGAAAAUCAGUACUGAGUUGUUUAAUUUAGCCACUGGGUCGUUAUACGUUAAACGGGUUUUCAAUGAAAACGCUAAACAGAAUGCUUUAGAAAUGGUGAAUGGUAUCAAGGAGGAACUGUAUAAAACAUUAUCAUCAAAUGAGUGGAUGGACGAUAGAACAAGGGAAAAAGCGAUGGACAAAGCAAAGGCAAUGACACAUACCAUUGCAUACCCUGAUGAGCUAUUGGAUGACAGCAAGUUGAAUGCGUAUUAUGAAAAUUUAGAAGUCAACGACCAAGACUACUAUACAUCAUUAUUGAAUUGGACUAAAUUUAGCACUGACUAUGAGUUUUCGAAAUUGAAAUCUUUUAAUAAAUCAGAUUGGGUUUUUCUCAGUGGUACCGUAACAACGGUAAAUGCGUACUAUCAACCUCAGAAAAACAAUAUCAUACUUCCCGUUGGUAUCUUGCAAGGUGCGUUCUUCUCUAACGAUCGUCCUCAAUACAUGAUUUACGGUGGAAUUGGAUCUGUAAUUGGUCACGAGAUCACUCAUGGUUUUGAUAACGAAGGUAAAAAAUUUGAUAGACAUGGCAACCUGGCGAACUGGUGGACGGAGGAGACGAAUAAACGCUUUUUGGAAAAGCAAAAGUGUUUUAUCGAUCAAUAUGGAAAUUACACUGUUCAUGAAAUCGGUCUCAAGGUGGAUGGCAAUAUAACGCUGGACGAUAAUAUGUCGGACAAUGGCGGCUUGAAGCUGGUGUACGAUGCGUACAGAGUGUGGGCUAAAGGACACGGCGUCGAACCACGGCUGCCCGGGCUCCAGGAGUACACACCACAGCAGAUUUUCUGGUUGAGCUAUGCCAAUGUGUGGUGCUCUAAGGAUACGCUUAAAUAUCUGAAGAAUAGUAUGACAGACGUCCAUUCGCCUAACCGUUUCCGGGUCAACGGCCCGUUGUCCAACAAAAAAUUCUUCAGCGACGACUUCCGGUGUCCGCUAGGCUCCAAUAUGAACCCGGUCAAGAAGUGCCAGGUGUGGUGA